UAUUUGUGUCUGUGGAUAACAGCAACGAGACGAGCCACCGGGCUUGGGAGACACUGGCGUUUCCGACCUGCGGCAUCGCAGGUUAACAUAUAAUUAGUUCGCGUUAGUGCCUCAGUUUGCUACAGUAUUUUAGGGAAAACAACCAGCAUUCGUUUGCCGGUUGAGAAUGGCGACAUUUCAUCCUGUUUUCCUCCUCCUUCUCGCCUGGUCCCAAGCUGUGCCAGCCCACGUGGAGCCACCGACCAAUGUGACCCUGCACUGCCACAACCUGCUCAGCGUUCUGAAAUGGAGUUAUGGGGAAUUCCUGCCAGGGCUCAAAUUCAGAGUCUUCGUUGGCUCAUUGUCGAGUCCUCGUCGGGUGAUUUGGGUGGACCCACCAAAUCUCCAAGCUGAUGUUUCAUUUUCAUCUGAUCCAAGAAAUGACUACUUCAUCAAUGUAAAAGCUGUGAUUGGACAGGACGAGUCUGAGGCUGCUCCUCCUGGUGGAAUCAAAUUUAGCUUUUUUAAGGGCUCUCUAGCAAAUCAGAAAUGUUUUCUGGACUUCCCAGCAGUGAACGUCUCUGUACACGAUGACCACGUCAUGUUCAGCUUUACACAUCCCUGGCUGUUGUACAACUAUACAUUUACAGAUGGCAGAGUGAAGAGAAGAGACAGCGAACCAAUACCUGAAUUUACGUACAGUGUUGCGAUUGUCAGCCAGGGGGAUCAGAGGUUCUUCUGUUAUGAAAGCCUGUGUAAGGACAAGGUCAUACUCAUGGAUCAGUCACAGAAGAAAUACUGUCUGGAGGUCAAUGGAGAGAUGGACAAAAUGGAAGUUAAAGCGACACAGCCGUACUGCGCCAAGCCAAUACCUAAAAAAAAAGGUUUUGCCUUCAUCUUCAUCGGGGUCGCCCUCUUGGCCUUGCUCUUACUUGGCUUUAUCUUCUUCAUGGUGUACAAAAAGAAGACCAAACCGUCUAGUUCUACCCCAGACUCUAUGACGUUCUACGGUCGAGUGAGGCAGUUGGUCUUGCCAGUGCCUCACGAACAGAUGAUUGUGCCAGAUGUGGAGCCUGCCUCACCCACACCUCUACUGCCACCUCUGGACAAGAAAGAAGAGGAAGAAAUAACACCUGCUGCUACUGUCCCUGCUGAGCCUCAACCCCAACUGUGGAUCGAGAAGAACGAAGUAGGAGGGUCAAACACAGAUGAAGGCGUGUGUGAGGACAUAGAGGUAGGGAAUCGUGAAGAAUCUUUGUACAUGCCAGGCAAAAACAUGGAAGAUGACGUGACAGAAUCAUCUGAUGCUGCCGACCACGGUUACGAAAAACGUCCGGUGGUUGUGGACAUGGGAGAGGGUGAAAACGCGGAAGGUUACCGUGGCUGAGGGUGGAGCUGUACGUUGUGUGACAUUGAAUGUUAGAUUUCUGCAACCUUGCUGUUGUCAAAACUGAAAAAAUGUAAUUUCACCGACGACUUGCAGGGGAGACCUGGUUACAGAUUUUAGGUUUGUGUUGUGUUCUUGUUGGACCUUGUCAAUGCCAAGUAGAAUCAGAAUCAGGAACAUCCAUCUUGUUACUUUAGUGUUUCUUGACAUCAGUUACACUUUACACAUGCUGCCUCUGCAGAAUACAUUCUAGUUAAGCCAGUUGAUUGGCCAAAGAUAUAUGUAAAUAUUGCUAAAUCCUGUCAGAAUGUUAGCUGUGUUGUAAUAUUUUCCACUUACUAAUUACUCAUUGCUGAUAUUUGUCAUUCAACCCCUGCAGCUUAUGAUCAAAUCUCAAGCAUUGCAUGCCUAGCGGUUGCACUUUUGUCCAACAUGACUUAUGCAUGCACAUACAUUAUAACUGACACGUCAGUAAGUUUUCAUGCCAAGAUCCAUCAUGGGUCUGUAAAAUACGGCCAGAAUGUAGUUUAAACCAUUAAAAAAUUGAACUGAUAUUAGCAACAGUGUGAAAAAUAGGAGUGAAAGUGUUGACAUUAAGUCAAAGAUUAAAUCUUUGUACUGAAGUGAGCAUGCUAACAAGCUAGCUCUGACCCGUCCUGUCUCGUGAUACCACAUUUAACUCGAGGUGAUAAUCCUACCGCUGUAGGUUUUUUUUUUUGCCUUCUACUCUGAUAAGUGAACAAACCUUUCAAAAUGCCAAGCAAGGAAAUAUUCUUGCACCAAUUUUCUUUUGUAAAUAGCUAUUAGGUGCAUCAUUUCUAAAUCAGGAGUAAAGCAUUCGAACGUUUUUCUCUUUUUUUUUUUUUUUAAAAAGAAACGGCAUGACUUUUAAAGAAACACUGGUCCUGAUGACAGCUACAGACUCCACUUACAAGACUUUACUGCAGCACGUCCUACCUAAUGUCUCUAAGGCAAACUCCUAAUGCUUCAGCUCCUAUAAAGGAUAUGCAACAUAUUAACACCUGUGGUGAUACCUGUUACCUACAUACUGUGUCAUACAUAUCUGUCACGCAGUAACAUCUAUAUAUCUGUGGGAUGCAUGCAGCGAUCAGUUACUGUGCCGGAUGGUCAAAAUACUGCAUUCACUGUGUACGUGUAAAUGUUGAAUGUCUGUUGCUUAUUUGCACUACUGUAUUUUACAGUAAAACAGUUGGAGUUGGAGAAUCUUAAACUUUCUUAAUGUGACAAUUUUGAGUGUGAGAGAGAAAUGGGGCGGGUUUAGGAUUUGAUAAAAGUCCUUCAGAGUUGAUACAAUCACAACAAAAAGGUAAUGUGUCUCAGUGAACAGAACAGUACAGAUCUCCUCCUUCACCUCAGGGGCGGUUUUAUACGUCUGGGGUAAAUGUUUGUAGAGCCUCUAGAGUUCAGGAGAUGUUUCCCAAAAACUUUCAAAAAGUAUUUAUAUUCACAAUUGACCAAUUGGCAAAGGGACAAAUGAAUAGAAUUUGUUUUUAAAAUUGUAUUCUUAUCCAUGCAAAAAUACAGUUUCAUCUGUGUAGUGGAAACAACAGUUGGCUUCAUGUGAAAUAUGUCUGUUUAGUUUUUUUAUUUGGUUGUUUUUUGUUUUUUUUUAAGUAUUUUUUUUGGCUUUUCUGGCUUUAUUGAUAGUACAGCUGAAGAGCGUGACAGGAAACGGGGUAAGAGAGGGGGAGUGACACGCAGCAAAGGGCCCCGGGCCGGGAGUCAAACCCGGGUCCACUGCAGAGCCUCGGCACAUGGGUCACGUAUGUUACCGACCGCGCUAAGCAGCGCCCUUUUGUUUAUUUUUUUUACAUUCUUCUUCUUGUAGCAGUUGACAUUAUGUCAAAGACAACUUGUCAGUCCUUUAGCAAAUGAUUCAUGCUGCUGAUCAACAUGAAUUACAAAUAAAAUAAAAUACUAUAAUUAUAUAUUGUAAGAAAGUACUGGAUAUCACCCAAGCCUAGUGGGCGGGUGUGUUUGGAGUUGUUGAGAGUAGGGUUGGGUACCAAACUUGGUACCAAACACAGUGCACACAGCUGAUAUUAACAUGUCUGCGGUCAGUGCUCAGCUCUUCGUCUUGAUUUACAUUAAUUUCAGAAUUUUUACUCGCUUUUCAAAACUGCUGCUUGCUAUGUAUGUGUAUGAAAUUCCUGACCAACAUGCUGUUCAGUACGCUAGAACAGUACAUGAGGGUUUUUUUUUUUUUUUUUAAUACGUCUGAAAAUAUGAAGCCAGUAGUACGUGAAAUUCAUAGUAUUCACGGGCAAUAGUUACAACAGAAUAACCAACAAUGUUCUUUUUGAUCAGUUGCUUCCAGAACUUUGAGCAGCUUCCUCUUGAAGAAAUGUUGUCAUUUCACCUGAUUUCACUUCUUAUAUUCAGAAUAUGAAUCCUGCAGCUAGCCAAUUCUUGCAUAUUGCACCUUACUGCACUAAGUGCCGUUUUAGAGCAGGGCUUAAUCAAUUUACUCAUGAAAUGAGUGGCAUCACAGGAUGAAGUCAUAUGUUGCAGUGUUACAGUCUGACAGACUUGUGCCUUACCUCUGUGUUGCUGUGUCAGCUUUUGACUUAUCCAUCUUGUUUAUUUUUAUCUCGAGGGUAGCUCUGUUGUUAUUGAGUCGCUCACAGCUUUGGUCAAAUGAACCCACAGUCCGACAGAAGCAUUCCAGUGACAGUUUUGAUGCUGAUGCCAUGAAGCUGGGCCAUGAUGCUUGUAUAGGUGUAACAUAUUCCAAUCCACCAAUUUCAUAAGGGGAGAAAACAGAUCUAACUACUAGUCAGAGUUACCAUGUAUGGAUUUGUAAGAAGUGAACAGCCCAUUGAACUCAGGCACUUGACUCUUGUACAGUAGCCUAAUUUCAAUGUGUUAUGUUAUUUUUGCUUUGUCCAUAUGUCUUCUGUGGUACCACAUUUCAAUAAAGAUUAAUAUGUGUAUUUCCUGCCA